CAACAAACAGCCCACCUUAACUGUUAACAUCUUCUCCACGAACCCUUGACCAAGGACCUCUCACCUAAACCAUCACAACUAACCCCACCCCUCCCCAUCCAGAAAAAUCAUGGCCAGAUCCUACGCCAACAUCCCCCCCUACACGCCGAUGAAAUCCCUCGGCCACGAACUCGGCAUCCUCUUCGGGUUCCUGGUGGCCUGCUUCGUCGUGAUGGCCGUGUACGUCCACUUCUGGAACGGUGAGUUUUCCCCCAACCCCAACCUACCUCAAAAUAACUAACCAAAAGCCUCAGCCGCCGAACGCCGCGAAGCCCACCGCGACAAACUCCGCCACCAGAUGCUGGACACCCGGCGCGUGGACCCGCGCCUGCACGAGCAGCGCCUGCACCCGGACUACCGGCCCAUGGGCACCUCGACCACCAUCACGGCCACGGCCACGGCCACGGCGUCUGGCUCGGCGAUCGGGAUCGAGAAGAUCAUUGAGAAGCG